UUAUUUUGAAGGGAAUGAGCGGAAGUGUCGUCGCCAUGAUUCCAUAAAACUUGACCGUUGUGUAGAGGCGAUGCAGGGGACUUGAGGCCGUCAGGGAAGACUCCGCAUUUCAGGGAAUACAGCCAGACAGAAAUAAUGGUGGAACGUAAUUGUUUGAAACAGAUGUUGGAGAAACUGAAUACAACCUUCACGGACCGGGCCAUUUGUGUUUGGAGUCAGUCGGCUCAAAUAUCAGCUCCCUCAUCCACAGUCACAGGACGGCGGUAGCCGACUGCCCGGCUUGCUAGCCCGCAGUCCUUCCCAAAAUCUCCGCUCCACAAUCACGGAUCUCAUCUGGUUUUUAAUAGCAUUACGAAAGCUAGCCACCAUCACACGGAACUGACUCGAGCGUACGGAACCCGUUUGCUUUCACUGAAGUAAAGGUAUGACCUGCUAGUCCUCUACUGCAAAUCUGACCGCUAGGAUCAAGCUAGCAUCAUCUGGAGUUGGAUGGACCUGCGGCUCACACAGCAUCCCUGCCCGGGACGCGUCCAAGCCUGCGCUGCUGCGGCGGAAUGCUAACCUACGAGGAAGCGGCUUUAACAUGACGAGGAACAUUUUGUCUCCGCUCCGCUCAAGGCGUCCAGGUGCUCCACUGACAUUUUUCACAUGCCAAAUGUAAUGACCGUCCCGAGGUUGCACCAUGUACGUGGCUGGCCGUGUCUGUCUCCAGCCCUGCGGAUGACACUCACACAGGUACCGGCGGUUCAGAGCAAACAGCGGCGGCGCGGAUACACCGUCGCCGGGUAGCGCUGAGAGACUUAACGGGAGCUUGCUAGCGCCAAGCUAGGCGGCUAACAGCACAAUAUAAAAACCCCGAACAAACACCAACACCAAUGGUAUCCCACAAGGUUUUAGUCGCAAUAAUCUUACUAAACGUGUAUAUAGGUGUACAGUCCGUUUUUUACUUAUUCGGCGGCGUCCUUUUAACGGUCUUGUUUGCUAUGGCAUUUUUAAAUGGACCCAGGCUGCUGGACUGGGCGAGUUCACCUCCACAUCUUCAGUUUAACAAAUACGUCCUAACGGGAUACCGGCCAAUCUCCUCUGUGCAGGACUGCAUCAGAAGCUUGUUUUACCUGCACAAUGAACUUGGAAACAUAUACACUCACGGCAUUCCUUUGGUUUGCUUCCUGGUGCUGCUGCCUCUCAACAUCCCCUGGUCUCAGAUCAGCGUCACGUGGUUGGGCGUGGUGCACUUCCUGGCCUGCCUGUCGCCCCAGCUGGGCUCCGUGCUCUACCACCUCUUCAUGAACCACGAGGGAGGGGAGCCCGUCUACCACACCCUCCUCAAACUCGACGUGUGUGGAAUCUGCAUGAUCAACACGCUGGGGGCUCUGCCCAUUGUCUACAGUACGCUGCUGUGCUACCCGUUCAUCCGCACCGUUGCCCUGUUAGUCUACAUCCUGCUGUCCAGCCACGCCAUCUACUGCGCCGUGACGGCUCGGAGCAGCGUCCGCCGGCUGCGCUCCUUCGCCUGGCAGGCGCUUUUCCGCUUCUCCUUCUUCCUGCUCCGCUGGGUGGGCGUGGGCGGCGGCAGCCCCACCUCGCUACGCCACUUCCUCAUGAUGGACGCGCUGGCCGUGCUGGGCGGGGUCAUCAACAUCACACGCAUCCCGGAGCGAUUCCGCCCGGGCCUCUUUGACUACUGGUGCAACAGCCAUCAGAUCAUGCAUGUUCUGGUGGUGGGCUCCAUCCUUUACCUGCACUGGGGCGUGCUGGACGACCUGCUGUGGAUCAACAGCUACAACUGUCCCUCAGACUGACCCCGCCAGCAGCCCCCGCCCCCUCACAAAGAGCGCUGGGAUGUAAGAUUAAAGGACCUCUACGGGGGGGGAGGGGGUUGUCUGGACAGGGAAGGGGGAGCAGGGGAAAUCGGGGGGGGGGG